AUGUUCGCCAUUGUCGGUGCAACGGGAAAGGUUGGCUAUGCCACAUCGCUAGCAUUGCGCGACGCCGGUAUGCCAGUCAGGGCGAUUUUACGUGAUGAGUCGAAGGCGGCACGGCUUACGGAAAUCGGUUGCGAGAUUGCUAUAGCCGAUCUCUUGGAUUCCAAAGCUCUUGCCAAGGCGAUUGGUGAUGCUCAUACAGUACAAAUUAUCCUUCCACCAUCCCCACAGGCCAAGGACACCGCAGAAGAAAUGCGGAGGGGAAUCGAAAGCCUUGCCAGCGCACUUGAAGAAGCGCGGCCGAAGCGCGUACUUGCAAUUUCUGACUACGGCGCUCACAUCACUAAUGAUAUUGGGAUGCCUACGCUCUGCCGAACAUUCGAAGAGCGGUUAAGCAAGCUCGAUUGUCACAAGGUAUUACUACGAUCGGCAGAGCAUAUGCAGGGAUGGGGACGUGCUAUCCCGAGAGCCAUGGAGUCGGGCACUCUACCGAGCUUUCAUGACCCUCUUGACAUGGUGUUUCCAACAGUUUCGGCUCCAGAUGUCGGAGCGAUCGCCGCCGACGUCUUGAUGCGGCCCGCCAGCGAUACAGUAGUGGAAAUUAUCCAUGCUGAGGGACCCCGCCGAUAUAGCGCCAAUGAUGUAGCGGCGGUCUUGAGUCAGCUACUAGGCCGGACAAUCAAUGCUGAAGUCGUGCCACGUUCGCAGUGGAAGGGAGCUUUUGAAAGAGUCAUGAGCCCUAGCCUUGCCGAACUUCUCAUCAAAGCCAACGACGCUCAGAACGAGGGGGGCUUGGUCGAUGUUGAGCCGGAUGCUAAGGAAGUUCGUUAUGGAACCACACAAUUGAUUGACGCGCUGCGACUAUUAGUCCCGCCCCAGUGA